AUGCCAGGACCCGAGACACUGGGGGGUGUAUUUAUUGACAACUUUGGAAAUCCUCUCUCGGUUUAUAUCGACCACGAUAUUGAUAAUCGAGACGACUUCAUCGAUCUUUUAAAGAAACACGGUGGUAUCUCUGCUCCAGGGUAUAGCGGGGUCUCAUACCUUCUCGUCGAUCCGUGUAAGACCUCUGGGCAAAACCUUUUUCGCCUGUAUGCAAACAAGAAGGAUAAAAUUGUUCUGGAUGUUCGCUGGAUUCAAGAGUGCGUGAAGGCCGAUGGCUUGCGAACCUUCAGAAGCGAUUGGGCCGGUUGCAAGGUCACAGGCAACGAAAUAGUGGUUCAAGAUCGGCCGGGUAGCACGCGUUCGCGCCCAGCCCAACAGCCACGAUCAGAACACGCUGCCCAGGAGAUACAGCAGCAGCAACCAUUACAGCCUACACAUCCUCAGAUUGACCCGCUUGCACACGCGCAUUACGCGUUUCCGGUGUAUGCAACUCACCCACAAUGGCAGACUGCGCCAAUCGGUCCCGAACAAGCUCAUAUCCCCGCUGAGCAUGUGCUACAUCGAACAUCCGAGUAUCGCCAGGACGCGACUCAGUGGGUCCAAUAUCAGCAACCAGUCGCACCUGUCGCCACUUCGGCCGCCCCAUAUGAUUACAGGUAUAGGGACGACGGUCAUGGAUGGGUCGGUGCCGCGACCUCAUAUUACGAUCCGUCAUUCGUUCACUAUCAUCCUGGAUACCUUCAGAACGGCGCAUCCUCAGAAGCAGAACCGUCCAGUCUUGCCCCAGAUCCAUCGCCCACACCUGUCCCGGAGAUCCCUCCGGCUUCGCCGCCUGAAUCGUCAUCGCCGGCAGAGGAGCCGACUCGCGGGCGGAAACGUACACGGCCACCGGUAAAAACGCUGCUAUCUGCGCAACUUGAGAUUGAGAUGUGUUAUCAGACGACCGCUACUCUAGGUGCCUCUACUUCGUCUUUAGUGACGACUGGAAGCAGGUCUGUGCGCUCGCCAACUCCACCGACCCGGGUGGUCAAAAGUACCUUCGGCGGUAACUUGUUUACUGCCGAGGAUAUCUUGUAUCUCGAGAAGUACAUUGCAUAUUGUCACGAUCAAGGUCUAGUCCUCAGUCUUCGCGAAAUAUGCGAACGAAUAGCAGUCAAGGCUCCGCAUCACACAUUCUAUUCUUGGCGUCGCUACUGUAACAAGCACCAAAUUCGUCUGGGCGGCUAUGCCAUGAAGGCCGACCGAGCUGCUUCGCCGGAGAACGCCAGCGAAGAUGAUGAAAACACAGACCAUAAUAGCGCGGUACCACCGAGUGCCAGCUCGCGGCCUCCCGGCGGAUCGAUCCACAACUUGGUCCAUGAGAUGGAUUCGACCCCUCACGACCGGUCACCCAGUCCACCCCGUGCCUUGUUUCGAAGUACAACGGGCAAGGGAGUCGCGUUCACCGAUGAGGACAUCACAUUCUUGGUCCGUUUCAUGGAGUAUCGCAAAAAGCAGGGUAAGCUUGACAUGGUUGCAUUUUGGAAGGACGUGGCAGUCAAGGCACCGCAUCAUUCACGAGCCUCUUGGAUGAAGUUCUGGAGGCGACAUAAACACGAGCUUGAGCAGGGGUCAACUGACUCGCCUCUGCCCCACCCUCCAGAGAAGAAGAUGCGGUACAGCCGGAACGAUGAUGUCCUGCUCGCCAAAUACUUUGUCAAUAAGGUCGAGGGGACGUCGGACAAGAUCUUCCAAGCAUUUGCCUGCCAACACCCGCAUCAUCCUUGGAAAGGUUGGCAGGAGCACCAUCGGAUUCAUAAAGCCAAAAUUGACGGAUUCAUUCAACGGUUAUUGAGGGGGGAGACCUUGGAACAGGAUGGUCUAGAGCAGUAGAUAUCUUAUCUGGCGCAUAUCUUUAUCUUUAUCACCUGUGUUUGUAUUCACUUGUCCUUUAACCAUGUUGUCCCCAGAGCAGGUCGCACAGUUCCAUCGCGACGGAUAUCUCAUUCUCAAGGGUUUUGCCGCCGAGGAGGCACCUGCGAUGCUGGCACGGUCGAAGGAGCUCUUACGCGAAUUCGACAUCGAAACGCACCCUCUCACCCGUUUCACGACCGGUGACGAAGACGGGGACGGCCACAUAGGAGACGACUAUUUUCUCAGUUCUGGCGACAAGAUCCGCUACUUCCUGGAGCCGGAUGCCGUGGUCGAUGGGAAACUCACCCGUGCGAAGGAGUUUGCCGUGAACAAGAUCGGACAUGGACUGCAUGAAUUGGAUCCUGUCUUUCGCAAAUUCACCCUCGAGAACCCGAAGAUGCGGGAGGCUGUGGCCGAUCUGAAAUUCCACCAAGAUCCGAGGGCACUGCAAUCCAUGGUCAUCUUCAAGCAGCCGCAAAUAGGUCUCGAGUCGGCGAACACAAUGACUCGUGCGUGUUCUAGUCUCAUCGGCUCUUGGAUUCUGGAUCGCGCUCGAACACUGCACGCCCACCAAUGGUGCCCUCUCGUUUCUCCCCGGUUCGCACAAAAUUGCGCCACUGACCAAGCGAUUCGUGCGCCUACCCACGGGCGGCACGGGCUUCGAGCCUCUGGUCGAGCCAGAAGUUGCUGCGCAGGUGGCAUCCUACAGUCGUGAUUCAGCUGAUUCCUACAUUCUGGAAUGCUGCGAUCCAGGUGACCUGGUGCUGAUCCACGGUUCUGUGCUCCACAAAUCGGAAAGAAACACGUCGGACAAGACUCGCUUUGCAUAUACGUUCCACAUGAUCGAGGGCCAGGCUAAGUAUGACGCGAAAAACUGGCUGCAGCCUACGCCAGACAUGCCUU